AUGAAGCACUAUGGUUUUUCUUUCGACGAGCCAUCGGCGGUGCCAUGCUCUGGCCUUCCUAUUCAGCCAUCCGUAUUGGACUCUUCUUGUGCGGUUGUUCGCAAUCCAUCUACGUUGUCCAAUAGACCUCAUUCGACUACUGUGAUCAAUAAUCGACGCCUUGUACAUACACCUUCACGCGCCGAUCCAAUGGCCCAUUCGUCUAUUGAAUGUAGCACAACGACCACACAGCCGGCCACAAAUUGUGUUGUGGAGGAACCGCGACCAUCAAGGGAAUCGAUAUUGGAGAAAUUGAUACGAUUCUUCCGAAAUCGUCCCAGUGUCGAUUCUUUGAAAGAGAAGGGAAUUUAUAAGCAUGAGCCUGUGUUUGGCAGCACGCUAUCGGCGAUAUGCCAGCUGGAGAACAGCUUGGUGCCCAAAUUUAUUCGUGUGGUCACAGAAUUGAUUGAAAGCAGAGGAAUGGAGGUUGAUGGGCUAUACAGAGUGAGUGGAAAUUUGUCGGCAGUGCAACGAAUUCGUUGUCAAGUUGAUCAAGGUCAGUAUGACAACGGUCACAAGUACAAUGCACUAGUAAAUGAGGAAGAUGUCCAUGUGUUGACAGGCGCACUGAAGCUGUUUUUUCGUGAGCUCGCUGAGCCAGUGUUUCCACUCUCAAUGACGAAAGAUUAUCUGAACGCCAUUAAAUUGCAAAAUCCGAGGCAACGUUUCAAGCGAUUCGACGAACUUCUUCGAAUGCUGCCGGCAGAGAAUAGGGAGACACUGAAAAUGUUGCUUCGACAUUUGCAGAGGGUGGCUUCGCAUUCAGACAAGAAUCGAAUGCAAGUGCACAAUCUUGCGAUAAUGUUUGGUCCAACAUUGUUUAACAGUGGUGAUGAAAAAACACCGGCGAAGAAAAAGGAUGCCGGAAGAAAGAAGAAAGAUCACAAGAAGGACGAAGCGCCUACAGUGCAAUCAAAUUCGCACUUGGCCUUCAAUAUGAUCAUGCAAGGGCAGAUAGUGGAAUAUCUGCUCACCGAGCACAGCAAAUUCGAAGCGUUGCAGGGUCCUGUGCAGACCCAUCCACAUUGA